AUGGAAUGGGAAGCAACUGGCCUACUUCCAUUCAAUCCUUCAAUUGUCCUUAAUAAAUUGCGUGAAUUCGAGACUACUCCUUCAGAAUCUUCAAAUUCAGAUUCCAUGGAUUCAGAUACUUGGUAUACUCCUUCAACUGUACGCCAAUUCAACCGAUAUAAACGCAAACUCGAGGCUUUGGAAGAGGAAGAUGAAGAUAACUAUGAUGAGGACUAUAUAUAUGAAGGAUUACAGAAGCUUUAUAAGGGUAGUAUUGCAAUGGCCAAUACAGUGGCUCUUUUGCAGGAGGAGCUCUCGCAGACAACUGCCGCCUCGGCUGCUCGCAAACGCCGUCUGAACGGCUCACGGAGGAUUGGUAGUGAGGAGGCAUUGGAGAAGUUACGGCCAAAAUGGAAGAAGGUUAUGAAGGAACUUAAGAGAUAUUGCAGAGACAAAGGCAUUUAUGUUAAUGCCACCAAAUUUACAAGGAAUUCACGGCAAUAG